AAUUUCGAGAAUUUAGAAUCCCUUGAUGGUGCUAUGGACUGCUAUAACACUAUUCAUCUUCUUGGUUUGCUGCCAAAUCCCGCUUUUCGGCAUCAUGAGCUCAGACUCAGCUGAUCCGUUCUACUGGAUUCGUGUGAUUUUAGCUUCGAACCGUGGUACACUUAUGGAACUUGGUAUUUCUCCAAUUGUGACGUCCGGUCCGAUUAUGCAGCUGCUGGCGGGUGCCAAAAUCAUUGAGGUCGGCGAUACACCUAAAGAUCGUGCACUAUUUAACGGUGCACAAAAAUUAUUCGGCAUGGUUAUAACAAUUGGUCAAGCCAUCGUGUACGUCAUGACAGGCAUGUAUGGUGAUCCUUCGGAAGUUGGCGCCGGUGUGUAUUUGCUAAUUAUCAUUCAACUGUUUGCUGCUGGUUUGAUAGUGCUGCUGCUUGAUGAGUUGCUGCAGAAAGGUUAUGUCUUAGGCUCUGGUAUUUCGCUUUUCAUUGCCACCAACAUUUGUGAGACUAUUGUGUGGAAAGCAUUCUCACCCACAACUGUCACUACCGGCAGAGGUACAGAAUUUGAAGGCGCCGUAAUUGCACUAUUCCACUUGAUGGCCACACGCAACGACAAAGUACGUGCGCUACGUGAAGCAUUCUACCGCCAAAAUUUGCCAAAUUUGAUGAACUUGUUGGCCACAGUGCUGGUAUUUGCCGUGGUCAUAUACUUCCAAGGUUUCCGUGUGGAUUUGCCCAUCAAAUCAGCUCGUUACCGUGGCCAAUACAGCAGCUAUCCCAUCAAGCUCUUCUACACUUUAAACAUUCCCAUCAUUUUACAAUCGGCUUUGGUUUUUAACUUGUAUGUCAUCUCACAAAUGUUGGCUGUCAAGUUCCAGGGCAAUGUCUUUAUCAAUUUGCUUGGUGUCUGGGCUGAUGUUGGUGGUGGCUGCAUUGGCGCGUUAUCUGUUAUGGCUGACUUUUUGGGUGCCGUUGAUUCAGGUACAGGUAUUCUGCUGGCUGUAACCAUCAUCUAUCAGUACUUCGAAAUCUUCGUUAAGGAGCAAUCGGAGAUGGGUGGCAUGGGCACUUUACUGUUUUAA